CCCCAGAGCUGCCUCUGCCAGGAUGAAGCUCCUCUCGCUGCUCCUCUUCUUCCUAGGACUGGCCCUUGCCAGCUGCAACCUGGCCCAGUUUGCAGCGAUGAUUAAGCAGAAGACGGGGAAAUCGGCGCUGGCGUACAACGGGUACGGCUGCUACUGCGGCUGGGGCGGCUCCAAGCAGCCCCUGGAUGCCACUGACAGGUGCUGCCACGCCCAUGACUGCUGCUACAAGAAACUGGUGGCCGCCGGCUGCAGCCCCAAGACGACCACCUACAAAUACAGCUUCAGAAAAAACCAGAUCACCUGCGGAAACGGGAAGCCGUGCCAGAGGCGGGCGUGUGAGUGCGACAAGAGGGCUGUGGAGUGCUUCCAGAGGGCAGCCAGCUCCUACCGCAAAUCCUACAGCAACUACCCCAACUCCAAGUGCAGGGGCAGGACACCCUCCUGCUGAGCAUUCCUGCUCCAAACCUGCCAGGAACCAUCAGAACCAGCGGGUUCUGCCAUGCCCCAGCUCCAAACCUGGCAGGAACCAUCAGAACUGGGGGUUCUGCCAUGCCCCAGCUCCAAACCUGCCAGGAACCAUCACAACUGGCGGGUUCUGCCUUCCCCGUGGCACGGAAGAAUUGUCCAGUGCCCUUCCCCAGAGCCUUAGCACAGGGAAAUCCUGCUUCUCAUGGUUGCCUAACUCAUAAAAAUCAGGUAAAGCCUGCAAAUAAAGAUAUGUUUCAAAAUU